CUCCCGAUAGUGCUUCCGGGACAGGGGGCGGGGCCUCCGGAAGUGGUCGCUCGCAGUCAGAGGCUCGUUGUUUCAGCGGCCGACAGAGAGGGAGAAGCCGGAGCUUAGGCGACUCGGUGGGCUGUGAGGUGCGGUCACCUCUUCACGGCUGGAAGCCAGGACAGCGAGCUGCCGAGCGGCGGAGUGAGGAGCGCCCUCUUCCCGAGCUCGCCAUGUCGCGGGGGUCUAUCGAGAUUCCCCUCCGGGAUACUGACGAGGUCAUUGAACUUGACUUCGAUCAGUUACCGGAGGGAGAUGAAGUUAUCAGUAUUUUGAAACAGGAACACACACAACUGCACAUAUGGAUUGCUUUGGCGCUGGAAUACUACAAGCAAGGGAAAACGGAAGAGUUCGUAAAGUUGCUGGAAGCAGCACGAAUAGAUGGCAACUUGGACUAUCGAGACCAUGAGAAAGACCAGAUGACUUGCUUGGAUACAUUGGCAGCCUACUAUGUGCAACAAGCUCGGAAAGAAAAGAACAAGGACAAUAAGAAGGACCUUAUCACACAAGCAACCUUGUUGUAUACAAUGGCUGAUAAAAUUAUUAUGUAUGAUCAGAACCAUUUGUUGGGAAGAGCCUGCUUCUGUCUACUCGAAGGUGACAAAAUGGAUCAGGCUGAUGCACAGUUUCAUUUCGUACUUAACCAGUCUCCAAACAAUAUUCCAGCCCUUCUUGGGAAAGCUUGCAUUUCAUUUAACAAAAAGGAUUAUAGAGGAGCUCUUGCUUACUAUAAAAAAGCAUUGCGUACUAACCCAGGAUGUCCAGCUGAAGUUCGUUUAGGAAUGGGCCAUUGCUUUGUCAAACUUAACAAACUGGAGAAAGCUCGACUAGCAUUCAGCAGAGCACUGGAACUCAACUCUAAGUGUGUGGGAGCACUGGUUGGACUGGCUGUUCUAGAACUCAACAAUAAAGAGGCUGAUUCUAUCAAAAAUGGUGUGCAGCUUCUUUCCAGAGCCUAUACUAUUGACCCUAGCAACCCUAUGGUACUGAACCACUUGGCAAACCACUUUUUCUUCAAGAAGGAUUAUAGUAAAGUGCAGCACCUGGCUCUCCAUGCAUUCCACAACACAGAGGUGGAGGCUAUGCAGGCAGAAAGCUGCUACCAGCUGGCUCGGUCAUUCCAUGUUCAGGAGGAUUAUGACCAAGCCUUUCAGUACUACUAUCAAGCCACGCAGUUUGCGUCGUCCUCCUUCGUACUACCGUUUUUUGGUUUGGGACAAAUGUAUAUUUAUCGAGGUGACAAAGAGAAUGCGUCCCAGUGCUUUGAGAAAGUUUUGAAAGCUUACCCCAACAAUUACGAAACUAUGAAAAUUCUUGGUUCUCUCUAUGCUGCUUCAGAAGAUCAGGAGAAACGAGACAUAGCCAAGGGCCAUUUGAAGAAGGUCACAGAACAGUAUCCUGAUGAUGUGGAAGCUUGGAUUGAAUUGGCUCAGAUCUUAGAACAGACUGAUAUACAGGGUGCCCUCUCAGCCUAUGGAACAGCCACCCGCAUCCUGCAGGAGAAAGUGCAGGCCGAUGUCCCCCCUGAGAUCCUGAAUAAUGUUGGGGCCCUCCAUUUUAGACUUGGGAACCUCGGAGAAGCAAAGAAAUACUUCCUGGCAUCACUGGACCGUGCAAAGGCAGAGGCCGAGCAUGAUGAACACUAUUACAACGCCAUCUCCGUUACCACGUCCUACAAUCUAGCCAGGCUCUAUGAGGCCAUGUGUGAAUUCCACGAAGCAGAGAAACUGUACAAAAACAUUUUACGAGAGCACCCUAACUACGUUGAUUGCUAUCUGCGCCUAGGAGCCAUGGCCAGAGAUAAAGGAAACUUCUAUGAAGCUUCAGAUUGGUUUAAGGAAGCCCUUCAGAUCAAUCAGGAUCACCCGGAUGCCUGGUCUUUGAUUGGUAACCUCCAUCUGGCAAAACAAGAAUGGGGCCCAGGCCAGAAGAAGUUUGAGAGGAUAUUAAAGCAGCCAGCCACACAGAGUGACACUUACUCUAUGCUGGCCCUUGGCAAUGUGUGGCUUCAGACUUUGCACCAGCCAACCCGAGACCGAGAAAAGGAAAAGCGUCAUCAAGACCGUGCCCUGGCCAUCUACAAACAAGUCCUUAGAAAUGAUGCCAAGAACCUGUAUGCUGCCAAUGGCAUAGGAGCAGUUUUGGCUCACAAGGGAUACUUCCGUGAAGCGCGUGAUGUGUUUGCCCAAGUGAGAGAAGCGACGGCAGAUAUCAGUGAUGUGUGGCUGAACUUAGCACACAUCUACGUGGAGCAGAAGCAGUACAUCAGCGCCGUGCAGAUGUAUGAGAACUGCCUCAGGAAGUUCUAUAAACACCAGAACACUGAAGUCGUGCUCUACCUGGCCCGGGCCCUCUUCAAGUGCGGCAAGUUACAGGAGUGCAAGCAAACUCUGCUGAAGGCCAGACAUGUGGCACCGAGUGAUACAGUUCUGAUGUUUAAUGUGGCCUUAGUCUUGCAAAGAUUAGCUACCUCUGUCCUAAAAGAUGAAAAAAGUAAUCUGAAGGAAGUCCUUAAUGCUGUGAAAGAGCUGGAGCUUGCACACCGAUAUUUCAGUUACUUGAGUAAAGUAGGAGAUAAAAUGAGAUUCGAUUUGGCUCUUGCUGCCUCUGAAGCCAGGCAGUGCUCCGACCUACUGAGCCAGGCCCAGUAUCAUGUGGCCCGAGCACGCAAGCAGGAUGAGGAAGAACGGGAGCUGCGGGCCAAGCAGGAGCAGGAGAAGGAGCUCUUAAGACAGAAGCUUCUCAAAGAGCAGGAAGAGAAACGUCUCAGAGAAAAGGAAGAGCAAAAGAAACUUUUGGAACAGCGGGCCCAGUAUGUGGAGAAGACCAAAAACAUCCUCAUGUUCACUGGCGAGACUGAAGCCACAAAGGAGAAGAAAAGAGGCGGAGGUGGAGGGCGGCGUUCUAAGAAAGGAGGCGAAUUUGAUGAGUUUGUCAAUGACGACACCGAUGACGACCUCCCUAUAUCCAAAAAGAAGAAGAGAAGGAAGGGCAGUGGCAGUGAACAGGAAGGCGACGAGGAGGAAGGUGGAGAGAGGAAGAAGAAGAGGAGGAGAAGACCUCAGAAGGGAGAAGAGGGAUCUGAUGAUGAUGAAACAGAAAAUGGCCCUAAACCAAAGAAGCGUCGUCCACCAAGAGCAGAGAAGAAGAAGGCUCCCAAGCCAGAACGCCUGCCUCCUUCAAUGAAGGGAAAAAUAAAAUCCAAAGCCAUUAUAUCAUCGAGUGAUGAUUCUUCAGAUGAGGAUAAACUGAAAAUUGCCGAUGAAGGACAUCCUAGGAACAGCAACAGCGAUUCCGACGAUGAUGAGCGGCCCAAUAGACGGGCCUCCUCUGAGAGCGAAUCGGAUGACAACCAGAACAAGUCUGGCAGUGAAGCGGGCAGCCCUCCGAGGUCGGGAAGACAGGAGUCAGAUGAGGAUUCCGACAGUGACCAGCCGUCCAGAAAGAGAAGGCGCUCGGGCUCCGAGCAGUCGGACAAUGAGUCUGCGCAGUCUGGGAGAAGCCCUUCCGGAGGUUCAGAAAAUGAUUCUCGCCCAGCUUCUCCAAGUGCAGAGUCCGACCGUGAGUCGGAGCAGGGGUCUGACAAUGAGGGCUCUGGAAAUGAAUCAGAACCAGAGGGCUCAAACAAUGAGGCCUCAGACCGAGGCUCAGAGCACGGAUCAGAUGACAGUGACUAGGUUUUGUUUCAUCCAAGACUCCUGGGGGGGGGGAGCUUUAUAAUAUAUAAAAGCUGUGAUAAAAACAUUUCAGAUGCUUAGUCAUUUGUGAAGUUUUCUUAAGGCAAUUUUUUUUCUAUUUGUAUAUUUACUAAACUCCAAGAGACAUUUCCUGUGCUCGAUCCCGUGUCUGAAACUGGAGCAGUGAGAUCCUUCAUUGCGGUGCAGCUCCACUGUCGUAUGUGAAAGCUGCAUUCCUGCAAGGCUUGCCCAGGCUAGCCUGGUCUCUGGCAGGCAGCAUGCUGCUAUGUAUGGUUUUUGUUGCAAGCUUACCAAAUGUUGCAGAAACCGGGAUAUAUGCCUUUGUUCCCUGGUGAGUUGAAAUAGAAGUUUUCUUUCUGGAGGAUGGGAAGAGAUGUCCCUGUGUAGAACUCUGAAAGGAAGGUGUUCACAGUGUGAGGCUGCAGCCAUGGUCAGAGUUGCAAACACUGGGGUGGGUAAGCUGUGGAAAGUGCUUUUCUGUUGUUAGAAUGGGAAGACCUCCCCCAGCCACGUAAUAAAUCCUUUACCAACCAUG